AUGAGCGAGCAGGAAAUAAGAACUUCCGCAGAUACGCCAGAAAGCCCUUCGGCGGCAGCAGCCAAACCUCAUGGCAUUUUGCGUCACCACGCUGAAGGCGAAACCAGCAAGAAAAAACACGCUCAUGUUGCAAUGGUGGCAGGCGAUGACGAAGAUGAUGAUGGAGAAAAAAAACACGUGGUCAUGCGCGAGGAAGUCUCUAUCCGGACGUUUUCAUCGGACGAUGUUUUUUUAGAUGGGAGGGACGAGAACAAACAAGGACGAGAUGAUUCCUCUUCUGAUGAGAACCAUAUGGAUUUCGGAGAUAAGAAAAAGAUUACUAACGCUAUUCGGAGUAGAAAAGCUGAAGGCUCAUCUAGUCCCACAACCAAGACCAAGAUCAAUUUCAAACAUCCGAUUCGGAGUCCCCUUUCGUCUACUGCAAGCACGAGCACAACUCCCCCAGCUCCAGUACUAUCCAAGGAAAACAUUCUUGCCGGCGCUGCUAAGACAAAAACUCUAGUAGCGUUCACAACAGCAGGUCCUAGGGGAGCCUCUACUUCUAGUUCUAGUAGAGCAGGAGGUGGAGGUGCCGCAACUACGACAGGGCAAGAAGCAGAAGGACUAGGACAAGAUGGAGCUGUUGAAAGCAAGGAUACACGACCUGGUAGUGCCACAAGAACAGAAAGAGCUGCCCCACCAGUGAUCAGUAUUGUUGCUGCACGUUCGACGUCCAGUACUAGUACAAUUGAUGCCCCUGCAACUGAUGCCCCUUCCGAGCCGCGCGAAAGAACAGCACAAGUACAAGUACAACAACAACGAACAACAGCUUCUAGAAGUCCGAGAACUCGAGGAGGAGCUUCUUCAGCAGCUUCAGCAGUCAGCACGUUUAACCGUCCUGUGUCUGGUAUUCCAGGACUACCUCCGAUGCUGACGAGUCCUUCUCGGUCCCCUGUUUCGACAAUACAAGACGAAGGAGCCCCUGUUUCGACGCAACUCUUUGCAUCUGGCGCAGCCAUAACAGACUCCGACGGGGACUAUCUUGAGAUCACGGUCUCACCUCGAUACAAGACAGCAAUUUCCAAAGAACAAAUAGAAAAGGAUAGGGCAAUGAAGAACCAAGUCUGGGCGAAACUAGCUACCGAUGUGCCUCCAGUUUACACCGACGGCUACUGGGAAGAAAGGUAUAUGGCCCAAAGAGCUUUCGGAUUCGAUUGGUAUAUGGACUAUUCGAGCUUGCGAGGAUUGCUGGCAGCGACGUAUGUUAAGGCAGGAGAGGCUUUCAUGCUUGUGGUUGUGCAUGCAUGCUACACAUUUGAAAGAUGAUUAACCAACGUCUAUAUAUUUUUCCCAUCGAUUUCAAGUGGCAAGAAUUGCAGUCGAAAGGUUGACAACCGAGGAAGCUUCUUCUUCUAGCGUACUCAGUCGUGUAAAUACAUUUCAUAUCAGAAUCAUAGCAUAUAAUAAACGUCUAUCAUCUUCACAGAACAUGUAAUGUCGAGAGUGAGGAUGAAGAAGCUCAACAUGGAAUCUGAAGACAUCCUCACUCUAAGAAACGCGAAACCGCGCCAGACGAAAUAGCUCCAGAAACACUGAUCAUUGGCAACGGGAACAGCGACUUGCCAUUUGGGCUUUACGAGGAUGGGUACAAGAAUGUCACCUGCAUCGACCGCAACGCCAUCGUUGUGGAUAUCAUGAGCCGGAAGCUAGCGAAGAAGGGAUAUGCUGACGAGGUAGUAGAUGAAGACCUUCGCCUUGCUUCAUCACAUCGCCAUCAACUGUUGAUAAUCUUAAUUUUGCGAAGGAACGUUGUGUCCAUGAGAUAUUCACGUAUUGAAAUUGAUGACGUUCUUAAUUUUGCGAAGGAACGAUUGAUAGUACUUAACGGUUCUUGAUGUGUGUCAGCCUACUUCUUCUAGAGAGACAUGGUUCUUGAUGUGUGUCAGUUAGAGUUACAUGGUCCACCACGACCUCAACAAUUAGACGACGGAUGAGAAUGCGCAUUCUAGUUCAUCUACGACACUGAAAACUCUUUCCUCAAAAUUAUAACAGAUGGAGUACAUCCAAAUGGAUUGCCGCAACAUGAAAUCCUUUCCGAACGCGUCAUUUGGCGCCGUCAUCGACAAAGCGACUCUUGAUAUCCUAGAGGCCUCGACAACUUUAACUCACUGGCACAACAGUACGAAGACGGCGGCUCAGCAGGCGCUUGACGUUGAAAAUGACAUGAAGAAAUGCGUUUCUGAGGUUUUUUAAGGCAGAUUAUAACUCUGAGGCAUCCUCAGCGUCAACAUCCUUGGUUCUUUUUCUCCGACCUUGAAAAAGAGACCAAGGAUGCUGUCAGGGAGGCCGCUGCCCCGGAGGCGAGUGCAAUAGAAGGUCCUCCUUUCCUCUAAGGUUUGCGAGUCUUAACGCCUGGUGGGUUCUUCUUGUCGGUGUCGACAGUGCCACCGACGCAACGAGUACCAAGGAUUUUGACGUUGAACGGCACCGCGCCAUGGAGGAUCGAAGUGUCAAGGAUGCGGAAACCGAAUGUACCAUUUUUGCCAGGAACGCAGGAUGGAGUAGGGACUACUGGUUAUGGCAGACGCAGAGGCUAGGUCUUCCUUAACCUGAUGAUCAACUUUAACAUGAUGAUCAAACAUAAUCAAAUGUCGUACAUACCCCACGAUUGGGUACACUACUACUACUACUACUAACAUGCACUAGUUCUUCUGAUAACUACCGAAUCUUCAGGAAGUUCCUGAUGAUGAUCAACAGGAAGAUUAUGAUUUUAAGUGAACCACCUCGCGCUAGGCACAUUCAUUCAUUCAUUCAGUGUAGCACUUAAAAAAGCAUUUUGGAGGUCUCUAACAUCUCGAGCUCCUCGGAGGCGGUGGCUUCUAUGGCGAACAAAGACGUGAUGAGAUCGACCAAGAGGAUCAUGGAGAUGACGAACUGUCGGAUUAUAUCGAGAAAGACUACUUCCUCUACAUCUGCACCAUGCCACGAGCUUUGAGGCACGUUAACCGAGUCGAAUCACCAGUGAGAUCAGGGUCAGUAUCACCAACUAGGGGAAAACAUAGUAGGACAGGUAGUUCGCGGUCGCCGUCUAGGAGGAGAAGGUGAGUAGAAGAUCUUUCUGGAUCUUGAUCAUGGCAGUAGUUCAUAUAAGUAUGUCGAUGUCCGUGUGAGGAGAAGGUGAGUGGAAGAUCUCUCUUGAAGAUGAUGUAUUUUCAUAUAAGUCCAAAUAUUACCAAUCUACCAUGACGGACAUGCAACUACAAGCUAGUGAAGCUAUGUCAUAUGUCCUAUUCGUAGUCAUCAUUAUCUGCUUCAUAAUGACGAACCCGCCUGACAUGAAAGACUCAAUACGAAUUCGUAGAAAAGAAAACGAGAAAAGCAACGGUAACCUGGGCCCAACAAUAUUUUAGCAAACAGCAACAUCAACAAGCUCAAGCAUCUUCGUCUAGUAGGCGUGGUCCUCGUAGUGAAGUUAUAUCGUAGUAAAGUUCAAUGUGUCGGAGUUCAUUUCGUCGGCGAAAGACUCGCACUCGCUAGUGCUGUCGUCAUCGUAUACGUAUCUAGAAUUCGUUUACGUUUUGCUCGACUAGAUCCAUCACCACUAUUAUAUAUAAGUGAAUUUUUGUGCUGCUCCAAUUCAACAACAUGACGCAUUUUCUUUACCUCCUAUAAGUUAUGCAAACAAGUAGU